AUGGCCGAAGGAGGCGGGGAGGGUGAAGAUGAUGUACAAUUUCUCCGGACCGAUGAUGAAGUCGUUCUUCAAUGUUCGGCCACAAUCUUAAAGGAACAGCUGAAGUUAUGUCUGGCUGCUGAAGGCUUUGGAAACCGGCUAUGUUAUUUGGAACCCACCUCCAAUGCUCAGAAAGUCCCUCCAGAUCUAGCGAUAUGUUGCUUCAGCCUGGAACAGUCCUUGUCUGUACGAGCCCUUCAGGAGAUGCUGGCCAACACCGUGGAGGUAGGCUCCGAGUCUUCCCAAGGUGGCGGACACCGGACUCUGCUGUACGGACACGCUAUUCUUCUCCGGCAUUCCCACAGCGGCAUGUAUUUAAGCUGCCUCACCACAUCCCGCUCCCUGACGGAUAAACUUGCCUUUGACGUGGGCCUUCAGGAGGAUGCAACAGGAGAAGCCUGUUGGUGGACCAUCCACCCUGCCUCCAAGCAGCGAUCAGAAGGGGAGAAGGUGCGCGUUGGUGAUGACCUCAUCCUUGUCAGCGUCUCCUCUGAGCGGUACCUGCACCUGUCUACGGCCAGCGGAGAACUUCAGGCAGACGCCUCCUUCAUGCAAACGCUUUGGAACAUGAACCCCAUCUGCUCAGGCUGUGAGGAAGGAUGUGUCACCGGUGGCCACGUUAUGCGCCUCUUCCAUGGCCACAUGGAUGAGUGCCUCACCAUCUCCACCACGGACCAGAAUGAAGAGCAGCGCAAGCUGGUGAACUACGAAGGCGGAGCAGUCUGUUCCCAGGCUCGCUCGCUUUGGCGUCUGGAGCCCUUACGCAUCAGCUGGAGUGGCAGCCACAUGAAGUGGGGCCAGCCCUUCCGCGUCCGUCAUGUCACCACAGGCCGCUACUUGGCAUUAACCGAGGAGAAGGGGCUUGUGGUAGUGGAUGCUGAGAAAGCCAACACCAAAGCCACUGCCUUUUGCUUCCGGAUCUCUAAGGAAAAAGUGGAUGUGGCCCCAAAGCGAGACGUGGAGGGGAUGGGGGCCGCCGAGAUCAAGUACGGCGAAUCCAUGUGCUUUGUGCAGCAUGUGGACAGCGGUCUCUGGGUGACAUAUGCGGCAGCUGAUGCCAAGGCGCUGCGCCUGGGAGUGCUCAAGAGAAGGACCAUCUUGCAUCAGGAAGGACACAUGGAUGAUGCCCUCUCGCUAACCCGCUGCCAGCGCGAGCAGUCGCAAGCUGCCCGAAUGAUCUACAGCACUUCUGGGCUUUACAACCAGUUCAUCAAGGGCCUGGACACCCUGAGCGGGAAGGUCAAAUCAAGCAGCCCGGCGACUCUUCCCAUCGGUGGGAUGAUUCUCAGCUUGCAGGACCUGAUCAGCUACUUCCAGCACCCCGAGGAAGAGCUGCAGCACGAGGAGAAGCAGACCAAGCUCCGUUCCCUCAAAAACAGGCAAAACCUCUUCCAGGAGGAGGGUAUGAUCACGCUCGUCCUGAACUGCAUUGACCGUCUCAACGUGUACAGCACCGCCGCACACUUUGCGGAGUAUGCCGGUGAGGACGCGGCAGAAUCCUGGAAGGAGAUUGUCAACCUGCUCUACGAACUGCUCGCCUCGCUGAUCCGUGGGAACCGCUCCAACUGUGCCCUUUUCUCCAACAACUUGGACUGGCUGGUCAGCAAGCUGGAUCGCUUGGAGGCCUCCUCCGGCAUCUUGGAGGUUUUAUACUGCGUGCUCAUUGAAAGUCCUGAAGUGCUGAAUAUCAUCCAGGAGAACCACAUCAAAUCUGUCAUCUCUCUUCUGGACAAACAUGGGCGCAACCACAAGGUCCUGGACGUCCUCUGCUCUCUGUGUGUCUGCAACGGCGUGGCCGUCCGCUCCAACCAAAACCUCAUCACUGAAAACCUGCUCCCGGGAAGGGACCUGCUCUUGCAGACCAAACUCAUCAACUACGUCACCAGCAUGCGGCCCAACAUCUUCCUGGGCACGCACGAAGGCUCCACCCAGUACAAGAAGUGGUACUAUGAGAUGAUCGUGGAUUACGUGGAGCCGUUCAUGACAGCACAGGCCACCCAUCUGCGGGUGGGCUGGGCCAUGGCGGAGGGCUACAGCCCCUACCCUGGGGGCGGAGAAGGCUGGGGAGGCAACGGAGUCGGGGACGACCUCUACUCCUUCGGUUUCGAUGGACUGCACUUGUGGUCAGGCCGCGUGGCUCGGGCUGUGGCGUCCCCGGGGCAGCACACUCUGGGGGCAGAUGACGUGGUGAGCUGCUGCCUGGACCUGAGCGUGCCCAGUAUCUCCUUCCGCAUCAACGGCUUCCCCGUCCAGGGGAUGUUCGAGAACUUCAACCUGGAUGGGCUCUUUUUCCCCGUGGUCAGCUUCUCGGCUGGCAUCAAGGUGCGAUUCCUUCUGGGAGGGCGUCACGGGGACUUCAAGUUCCUGCCCCCACCAGGCUACGCUCCCUGCUAUGAGGCCCUCCUUCCCCGCGAGAAGAUGCGUGUGGAGCCCAUCAAGGAGUAUAAGCAUGACUUCAAUGAGUUCCGGAACCUUCUAGGCCCUACGCAGUCUCUGUCCCACACCUCCUUCACCCCCUACCCGGUGGACACCAUCCAGAUUGUAUUGCCGCCGCACCUUGAGCGGAUCCGGGAGAAACUGGCCGAGAAUAUCCAUGAGCUUUGGGCCCUGACCCGCAUCGAGCAAGGGUGGACUUACGGGCCCAUCCGGGAUGACAACAAGCGCUUGCACCCAUGUUUGCUGGAUUUCCACAGCCUGCCAGAACCAGAACGCAAUUACAACCUGCAGAUGUCGGGAGAGACACUCAAGACCCUGCUUGCUUUGGGCUGCCAUGUGGGGAUGGCAGAUGAGAAAGCUGAAGAAAACCUCAAGAAAACCAAGCUGCCCAAAACGUACAUGAUGUCCAACGGCUAUAAACCAGCGCCACUGGAUCUCAACCACAUCAAGCUAACUCCGGCCCAGAACACCCUGGUGGACAAGUUGGCUGAGAACGGGCACAACGUCUGGGCAAGAGAUCGUGUCCAGCAGGGAUGGACCUAUAGCGUCGUGCAGGACAUCAAAAACAAACGCAACCCCCGCCUGGUGCCCUACAGCCUGUUAGACGAGCGGACCAAGAAAACCAACCGGGACAGCUUGCGCGAGGCGGUGCGCACCCUCAUCGGCUAUGGAUACAACAUUGAGCCGCCCGACCAGGAAACCAGUCAAGAGAUGAGCAAGUCCCGGACAGAGAAGGUCCGCAUCUUCCGGGCUGAGCAGUUCUAUGCGGUGAAGUCGGGCAAGUGGUACUUUGAGUUCGAGGCCGUCACCACUGGUGAGAUGCGCGUGGGCUGGGCGCGGCCAAAUGUGCAGCCUGACGUGGACCUGGGAGCGGAUGAGCUCUCCUACGUUUUCAACGGGCAUCGGGGCCAGCGCUGGCACGUGGGCAGUGAGCCUUUCGGGCGCCCAUGGCAACCGGGCGAUGUGGUUGGCUGCAUGAUCGACCUCACCGACAACAACAUCAUGUUCACGCUCAACGGGGAGAUGUUGAUCAGUGACUCGGGGUCCGACCUGGCCUUCAAAGACAUUGAAAUUGGAGACGGCUUCAUCCCGGUUUGCAGCUUGGGCUUGUCCCAGGUUGGGCGUCUCAACUUGGGCCAAGAUGUCAGCAGCCUCCGCUACUUCACCAUCUGCGGCCUGCAGGAAGGCUUUGAGCCUUUUGCUAUCAACAUGAAGCGGGACAUCACCAUGUGGUUCAGCAAGAGCCUGCCCCAGUUUGCCCCAGUGCCGACGGAGCACCCUCAUUAUGAGGUGUCACGGAUGGACGGCACCGUGGACAACCCACCGUGCCUCAAGCUGACGCACCGGACUUUCGGCUCCCAGAACGCAGUGGUGGAGCUCCUCUUCUUGCGCCUCAGCAUGCCCGUGGAGUUCCAUGAGAAAUUCAAGAUCACCGCCGGCACCACGCCGCUCACCCACGCCCUCACCAUCCCCGAAGACGACGUCAAGGACGUCGACCUGGAUUCGGAGUUUGAGCAGCUGAAGAAAACCGCCAGCCGCAAGGAGGCCGAGGAAGCCGAGAAGGAGAAGCAAGGCCCUGCUCCGCCCGCCACUCCCAAGGAGACUCCCAAGGAGGCGCCCAAGGCUGAGAACGAAAAGGACGCCUCCACCGAAAAAAGCAAGACGAAGAGAGGCUUCCUUUUCAAAGCCAAGAAGGCCACUACUUUCAUCACCCCUGCUCCCGUCGUGCCCACGGUACCUCGACUGGAAGAGGAGGUGGUUCCGGAUGACCGAGACGACCCUGAGAUCGUCAUGAACACCACCACGUAUUACUACUCAGUCCGGAUCUUUGCGGGCCAGGAGCCCACCUGCGUCUGGGUAGGCUGGGUCACACCUGACUACCACCAGCAUGACAUGAACUUUGACCUCACCAAGGUGCGCAACGUCACAAUCACCAUGGGUGACGACAAGGGAAACAUCCAUGACAGCAUCAAGCGAAGCAAUUGCUACAUGGUCUGGGGAGGGGACUUUGUCAGCAAUACGCAGCAGACCCGGGUCAGCACGGUGGACCUUGUGAUUGGCUGCCUCAUUGAUUUGGCAACAGGCCUUAUGACCUUCACAGCCAACGGGAAAGAGGUCAACACUUUCUUCCAGGUGGAGCCAAACACCAAACUGUUUCCUGCUGUCAUCACUCUCCCAACAAGCCAAAACGUAAUUCAGUUUGAACUGGGCAAGCUGAAGAACAUCAUGCCCAUCUCAGGUGCCAUGUUUCGCAGUGAGCGGAAGAACCCGGAGCCCCAGUGCCCACCCCGGCUUGCUAUCCAGAUGCUGACGCCAAUGACCUGGAGCCGCAUGCCCGACGAAUUCCUGCGGGUGGACGUGGCCCGUUUCAGUGACCGGCAUGGCUGGAUGGUCGAGUGCAUCGAGCCGAACUUCAUGAUGGCUCUCCACAUCCCGGAGGAAAGUCGGUGCAUUGACAUCCUGGAGCUGUCGGAGCGCCUGGACCUGCUGAAGUUCCACUCGCACACCCUGAAGCUGUACUGCGCCGUGUGCGCCUUGGGCAACAACCGGGUGGCGCACGCCUUGUGCAGCCACGUGGACGAGUCGCAGCUGCUGUACACCAUCGAGAGCAACCACCUGCCGGGCCUGCUGCGCAGCGGCUACUACGACCUGAUGAUCAGCAUGCACCUGGAGUCGGCCAAGCGCUCCCGCCUCAUGAUGAACAGCGAGUUCAUCGUGCCCAUGACGGACGAGACCAAGAGCAUCACGCUCUUCCCGGACGGCACCAAGAAGCCCGGCUUGCCUGGCGUGGGCAUGAGCACCUGCCUGCGACCCCCGCUGCACUUCUCGGACACCUGCUUCGUCAGCACCAGCUCCGAGUUGUACCAGCUGAGUCCUUCCAUCCCCUUGGACGUGCUGAAGGUGAAGGCCAUUAACAUGCUGACCGAGGCCGUCCAGGAUGGUGGGCAGCACACCCGGGACCCCGUAGGGGGAAGCGUGGAGUUCCAGUUUGUGCCCGUCCUCAAGCUGAUCUGCACCCUCCUCAUCAUGGGCGUCUUCGAGGACGAGGAUGUGCGCCACAUCCUCAAGAUGAUCGAGCCCAACGUCUUUGGAGAGUCCAAGGAGGAGGAGGAGGAGGAGGAGGAGGAAGUACCGGCGGGGGCUGAAGAAGGAGAAGAGCAGGUGGAGGAAGAGGAGAUGGCCGAGGAGGAGGACAAAGAGGGAGCCGAGAAGGAGGCCGGAGGGGAGCAGAAGGAAGAAGCCGAGGAGAGGGAACUGAAAGCCAUCGAAGCCGGGGAGGCUGAAGCCGAGGGGCAGGAGGAGGGGUUAGAGGAAGGCCUGCUGCAGAUGAAGCUUCCUGAAUCUGUCAAGCUGCAGAUGUGCAACCUGCUGCAGUUCUUCUGUGAUCGUGAGCUGCAGCACCGCGUGGAGGCCAUGAUUGCUUUCUCGGAGCGCUAUGUGGACAACAUGCAGACCAACCAGCGGCAGCGCUACAACACGCUGAUGCAGGCCUUCACCAUGUCAGCCGCUGAGACGGCCCGGCGCACGCGGGAGUUCCGCUCCCCUCCGCAGGAGCAGAUUAACAUGCUGCUACAGUUUAAGAAUGGUGCAGAUGAGGAGGACUGCCCAGUACCUGACGAGAUCCGUGACGAAUUGCUGGAGUUCCACACUGACUUGCUGUCUCACUGUGGUAUCCAACCAGAGGGUGAAGAAGAAGAGGAGGAAGAAGACACAUCUUUCCGCCGGCGAUUGAUGAGCUUAGUGGAGAAGGUGGUGAGUUUCCGUAAGAAGAAGGAUGAAUCGGAAGAGGAGCAGCCUCCGGAAGAGGCCCCUAAGCCCAGCACUCUGCAGGAGCUGAUCUCACAUACCAUGGUUCACUGGGCCCAAGAGUCCUUCAUCCAGAGCCCUGAGCUGGUGCGGGUCAUGUUCAGCCUUCUCCACCGUCAAUACGACGGCCUUGGCGAGUUAAUCCGUGCCUUGCCCAAGGCCUACACCAUCAACGCCAACUCCGUGGACGACACCAUGAGCCUGCUGGAGUGCCUGGGCCAGAUCCGCUCUCUGCUCAUCGUCCAGAUGGGGCCCGAAGAGGAGAACCUGAUGAUCCAGAGUAUUGGCAAUAUUAUGAACAACAAAGUCUUCUACCAGCACCCCAACUUGAUGAGGGCCCUGGGCAUGCAUGAAACGGUGAUGGAGGUGAUGGUGAACGUCCUGGGAGGAGGGGACUCCAAGGAGAUCCGCUUCCCCAAGAUGGUAACCAACUGCUGCCGCUUCCUGUGCUACUUCUGCCGCAUCAGCCGCCAGAACCAGCGCUCCAUGUUCGACCAUCUCAGCUACCUGUUGGAGAACAGCGGCAUUGGGCUGGGCAUGCGUGGAUCCACUCCCUUGGACGUGGCCGCUGCUUCCGUCAUUGAUAACAACGAGCUGGCCCUGGCGCUGCAGGAGCAGGACCUGGAAAAGGUGGUGACGUAUCUGGCGGGGGCUGGCCUCCAGAGCUGCUCGAUGCUGCUCUCCAAGGGAUACCCAGACAUUGGCUGGAACCCCUGCGGGGGCGAGCGUUACCUGGACUUCCUGCGCUUCACUGUCUUUGUCAACGGCGAGAGCGUAGAAGAGAACGCCAACGUGGUGGUGCGCUUGCUGAUCCGGCGUCCCGAGUGCUUCGGCCCGGCCCUACGGGGUGAAGGCGGCAAUGGCCUGUUGGCAGCCAUAGAGGAGGCGAUCCAGAUCUCCCAAGAUCCCGCCCGGGACGGGCCCACGGUCAAGAAGGAUCGCCGUCGGGAGCUGUUUGGGGGAGAGGAAACUCACGAGGAGAACCGGGUACAUUUGGGCAACGCGGUCAUGUCCUUCUAUGCUGCCCUCAUCGAUUUGCUGGGGCGUUGCGCCCCCGAGAUGCAUCUCAUCCAGGCUGGGAAAGGCGAAGCCCUGCGGAUCAGAGCCAUCUUGCGCUCCUUGGUGCCCAUCGAGGACCUUGUUGGAGUCAUCAGUCUCCCGCUGCAGAUCCCUUCAUUUGGCAAAGAUGGCAGCGUCAUCGAGCCCAGGAUGUCUGCAAGCUUUGUGCCAGACCACAAGUCCCCCAUGGUGCUGUUCCUGGACCGGGUCUACGGCAUCGACAACCAGGACUUCCUUCUCGACGUGCUGGAGGUGGGCUUCUUGCCCGACAUGAGGGCCGCUGCCUCGUUGGACACGGCUGCCUUCAGCACCACAGAGAUGGCGCUGGCCAUGAAUCGCUACCUGUGCCUAGCCGUGUUGCCGCUCAUCACCAAGUGUGCUCCUCUCUUCGCCGGCACUGAACACCGGGCCAUCAUGGUGGACUCCAUGCUGCACACCAUCUAUCGGCUCUCCCGCGGGCGCUCCCUCACCAAGGCUCAGCGGGACGUCAUCGAAGAGUGCCUCAUGGCACUAUGCAGGUAUAUCCGUCCCUCCAUGCUCCAGCACCUCCUGCGUCGGCUGGUCUUUGAUGUGCCCAUCCUCAAUGAAUUUUCAAAGAUGUCCCUCAAGCUCCUGACCAAUCAUUACGAGCGCUGCUGGAAGUAUUACUGCCUUCCCACCGGCUGGGCCAACUAUGGGGUCACCUCGGAGGAGGAGCUUCACUUGACCCGCAAGCUCUUCUGGGGCAUCUUCGAGUCGUUGUCCCACAAGAAAUUUGACGCUGACCUGUACAAGCUUGCCAUGCCCUGCCUGUGUGCCAUUGCGGGCGCCAUCCCGCCUGACUAUGUGGACGCCAGCUAUUCCUCCAAGACUGAGAAGAAAGCCUCCGUGGAUGCCGAGGGCAACUUUGACCCCAAGCCGGUGGAGACGCUCAAUGUUAUAAUUCCCGAGAAGCUAGACUCUUUCAUCAACAAGUAUGCUGAGUACAGUCAUGAGAAGUGGGCCUUUGACAAGAUUCAGAAUAACUGGUCCUUUGGGGAGGCGGUCGACGAGGAGGCCAAGACGAACCCCAUGUUGCGUCCUUAUAAAACAUUCUCAGAAAAGGACAAAGAAAUUUACCGGUGGCCCAUCAAGGAAUCUCUGAAAGCCAUGAUCGCUUGGGAGUGGACUGUGGAGAAAGCCCGUGAGGGUGAAGAGGAGAAGACAGAGAAGAAAAAGACCCGCAAAAUCUCGCAGACGGCCCAGACCUAUGACCCCAGCCAUGGCUACAACCCCCAGCCCAUAGACCUCUCUGGAGUGACCCUUUCCAGGGAACUGCAGGCCAUGGCAGAGCAGCUGGCUGAGAAUUAUCACAACACCUGGGGGCGCAAGAAGAAAGUGGAGCUGGAAGCCAAAGGGGGCGGCACCCAUCCCUUGCUGGUGCCUUAUGAUACGCUAACAGCCAAGGAGAAGGCCCGGGACCGAGAGAAGGCGCAGGAGUUGCUCAAAUUCCUGCAGCUUCACGGCUUUGCAGUGACCAGGGGAUUGAAGGACAUGGAAUUGGACACGUCGUCCAUCGAGAAACGUUUCGCCUACGGGUUCCUGCAGCAGCUGCUGAAAUGGAUGGACGUUUCUCAGGAGUUCAUUGCCCACCUGGAGGCUGUGGUGAGCAGUGGACGGGUGGAGAAAUCUCCCCAUGAGCAAGAGAUCAAAUUCUUUGCCAAGAUCCUGUUGCCCCUAAUCAACCAGUAUUUCACCAACCACUGUCUCUACUUUUUGUCCACACCGGCCAAAGUCCUAGGCAGCGGGGGCCACGCUUCCAACAAAGAGAAGGAAAUGAUAACAAGCCUUUUCUGCAAACUGGCAGCCCUGGUCAGGCACCGGGUCUCUCUCUUUGGCACCGAUGCCGCAGCCGUAGUUAACUGCCUACAUAUCCUCGCCCGCUCUUUGGAUGCCAGGACGGUGAUGAAAUCCGGCCCUGAGAUUGUGAAGGCCGGGCUGCGCUCUUUCUUUGAAGGUGCCUCGGACGACAUUGAGAAGAUGGUGGAGAACCUCAAACUGGGCAAGGUGUCGCAGUCCCGCACCCAGGUCAAGGGGGUGGGCCAGAACAUCACCUACACGACGGUGGCUCUGCUGCCCGUGCUCACCUCCAUCUUCGAGCACAUCGCCCAGCACCAGUUCGGGGACGACGUCAUCCUGGAUGAUGUACAGGUCUCCUGCUACCGAACUCUGUGCAGUAUUUAUUCCUUGGGCACAACCAAAAAUCCUUAUGUGGAGAGGCAACGCCCACAGCUUGGGGAAUGUUUGGCCCGGCUGGCCGCCGCAAUGCCCGUGGCCUUCCUGGAGCCCCACAUCAACGAGUACAACCCUUUCUCCGUGUACACCACCAAAUCGCCCAGGGAGCGAGCCAUCCUAGGCCUGCCGAAUUCCGUGGAGGAGAUGUGCCCGGACAUCCCGGUCCUGGCGAGGCUCAUGAAGGACAUCAACGGACUGGCGGAGUCAGGGGCCCGCUACACCGAGAUGCCCCACGUGAUCGAGGUCACCUUGCCGAUGCUAUGCAACUACUUGCCCCGCUGGUGGGAGCGGGGCUCCGAAACCAACCCCCAGGGCCCCUGGUGCACCGAAGUGACGUCCAACCAGCUCAACACCUUGCUAGGCAACAUCCUGAAGAUCAUCGUCAACAACCUGGGCAUCGAUGAAGCUUCCUGGAUGAAGCGGUUGGCAGUCUUCGCCCAGCCCAUCGUCAGCAAGGCCAAGCCGGAGCUGCUCCGUUCCCACUUCAUCCCCACCAUGGAGAAGCUGAAGAAGCGCUCCGGGAAAGUGGUGGCCGAGGAGGAUCAGUUGCGGCUGGAGGCGAAGACGGAGUCGGAGGACGCCGAGCUGCUGAUCCGGGACGAGUUCUCCGUGCUCUGCCGGGACCUCUACGCCCUCUACCCGCUCCUCAUCCGAUAUGUCGACAACAACAGGGCCAAGUGGUUGACGGAACCAAAUUCAGAUGCCGAGGAGCUGUUCCGGAUGGUUGGGGAGGUGUUCAUUUACUGGUCCAAAUCGCACAACUUCAAACGGGAAGAGCAGAACUUUGUGGUGCAGAACGAAAUCAACAACAUGUCCUUCCUGACAGCGGACAGCAAGAGCAAAAUGUCCAAGUCUGGAGAAAGCCAGUCGGGCGGCUCCGACCAGGAACGGACCAAGAAGAAGCGCCGGGGGGACCGCUACUCCGUGCAGACCUCGCUCAUCGUGGCCACCCUCAAGAAGAUGCUCCCCAUCGGGCUGAACAUGUGCUCCCCCACCGACCAGGAGCUGAUCAACAUGGCCAAGACACGCUACGCCAUGAAAGACACCGAUGAGGAGGUGCGUGAAUUCCUCAACAACAACCUGCACCUUCAGGGCAAGUGCGAGAACACCUCGUCCAUACGCUGGCAGAUGGCGCUCUACAAGGAGAUGUCUGGCAAAGCCGAGGAUUGCAACAACCCAGAGAAAAUUGUCAAACGGGUUCAGGAGGUCUCGGCUGUGCUGUACCACCUGGAGCAGACGGAGCAUCCGUACAAGUCAAAGAAAGCCGUGUGGCACAAACUACUCUCCAAGCAACGCCGGCGGGCCGUGGUGGCCUGCUUCCGCAUGACACCCCUCUACAACCUGCCCAGGCACCGGGCUUGCAACAUGUUCUUGGAGAGCUACAAGCUGUCCUGGAUCCUCACGGAAGAGCACCCCUUUGAAGACCGGAUGAUCGACGACCUGUCUAAACCAGGUGAGGAAGAGGAGGAGGAGGAGGAAGAGGCAGAAAAGAAACCGGACCCCCUGCACCAGCUCAUCCUGCAUUUCAGCAGGACAGCGCUGACAGAGAAGAGCAAACUGGACGAAGACUAUCUCUACAUGGCGUAUGCCGACAUCAUGGCAAAGAGCUGCCACAUAAAUGAAGGUGAAGAAGGAGAAGAAGGGGGUGGUGGAGAAGAUGGAGAAGAAGCCGAUGUUCCCUUUGAGGAGAAGGAGAUGGAGAAACAGAAACUUCUGUAUCAACAGUCCCGACUGCACAACCGUGGGGCCGCCGAGAUGGUUCUGCAGAUGAUUAGCGCCUGUAAAGGGGAACCUGGUGCCAUGGUCUCCUCCACUCUGAAACUGGGCAUUUCCAUCCUGAACGGCGGCAACGAGGAAGUGCAGCAGAAAAUGCUGGAUUAUCUGAAGGAGAAACGGGAGGUUGGAUUCUUCCAGAGCGUUCAGGCACUGAUGCAGACAUGCAGUGUGCUGGACCUCAAUGCCUUUGAGAGGCAAAACAAAGCUGAAGGACUCGGAAUGGUGACGGAGGACGGAACGAUCAUCAGUCGCGAAAAUGGAGAGAAGGUGAUGGCGGACGAUUUGUUUACACAGGACCUCUUUCGGUUCCUGCAGCUUCUUUGUGAAGGACACAACAACGAUUUCCAGAACUACCUGCGCACGCAGACAGGUAACACGAACACCAUCAACAUUAUCAUCUGCACCGUUGACUACCUUCUGCGUCUUCAGGAGUCCAUCAGUGAUUUCUACUGGUAUUACUCCGGCAAGGACGUGAUUGACGAGCAGGGCAAGCGCAACUUCUCCAAAGCCAUGGCUGUAGCCAAGCAGGUCUUCAACAGUCUCACGGAGUACAUCCAGGGGCCGUGCACUGGGAACCAGCAGAGCUUAGCACACAGCAGGCUGUGGGACGCUGUCAUCGGCUUCCUCCACGUCUUUGCUCACAUGAUGAUGAAGUUGGCUCAGAUGACCCAAACCCCAGGACUUCGAAAUGGCGAUUCCAGCCAAAUUGGGCUUCUGAAGGAACUGCUGGAUCUGCAGAAGGACAUGGUGGUGAUGUUGCUGUCCCUGCUGGAAGGGAACGUGGUGAAUGGCACCAUCGCCCGGCAGAUGGUGGACAUGUUGGUGGAAUCCUCCAGUAACGUGGAGAUGAUUCUCAAGUUCUUCGAUAUGUUCUUGAAGCUGAAGGACAUUGUGGCCUCGGAUGCCUUCCGGGAUUACAUCACGGAUCCGCGGGGCCUGAUCUCCAAGAAGGAUUUCCAGAAGGCCAUGGACAGCCAGAAGCAAUACACGCCCUCCGAGAUCCAGUUCCUUCUCUCUUGCUCGGAGGCCGAUGAGAACGAGAUGAUCGACUACGAGGAGUUUGCCAACCGUUUCCAAGAACCCGCCAAAGACAUUGGCUUCAACAUCGCCGUGCUGUUGACCAACCUCUCGGAGCACAUGCCUCACGACAACCGGCUGAAGACCUUCCUGGAGCUGGCGGAGUGCAUCCUCAACUACUUCAGCCCUUACCUGGGCCGCAUCGAGAUCAUGGGCGCCAGCAAGCGUAUCGAGCGCAUUUACUUCGAGAUCAGCGAGACCAACAAGACCCAGUGGGAGAUGCCCCAGGUCAAGGAGUCCAAGCGGCAGUUCAUCUUUGACGUGGUCAACGAGGGGGGCGAGUCAGAGAAGAUGGAGCUCUUCAUCAACUUCUGCGAGGACACCAUCUUUGAGAUGCAGAUUGCAGCACAGAUUUCGGAAGAGGAGGGGAAGGAGGAGGAAGAGGACGAGGAGGAAGGAGAAGGAGCGGAAGGCGGGGAAGCCGAGAAAACGGCCGUGCCGUCGGAGUCGUCCUCGGUCUUCGGGGAGUUUGUGGAAAGCAUCCUGAACUUCUUCCGCCUGUUCACUUACCGCAACAUCCGCCGGCAGUUCCGCAAAGUCAAGAAGAUGACCAUCAAGGAGAUGGCCAUGGCCGUGGCCACCUUUGUCUACACCAUUUUGAUGGGCAUCCUCUUCUUCUUCUACAACAUCUUCAAGGGCAUCUUCCUCCUCAUCUGGAGCACGCUCUUUGGGGGUAGCCUGGUGGAGGAGGCUAAGAAGAUGACGGUGACGGAACUGCUGGCCAGCAUGCCGGACCCAACGCAGGAUGAAGUGCACGGAGACGUGGCCCCCUCCGAGGAGGUGGAACAGGUGGCGGAAGAAGGGCAAGAGGCGGAAUUAGCCGAGCCUGGCCAGGAGGAAGCGCCCGCUGAAGGCGGGGACGUCUUUGACCUGAAGAAAGAGCAUUUCCGGUCCAUGGCACCUGACGCACCGGGAGGGCUUGGGGAUAUGGGGGACACGACCCCAGUGGAACCUCCGACGCCUGAAGGAUCGCCCAUCCUCAAGAGAAAACUAACGGUGGAAGGGGAGGAAGAGGAGCCAGAGACGGAGGAGAUUGAAGAGCCUCCUGUAGAAGCAGAGAAAGCUGAUGCUGAAAAUGGAGAGAAGGCAGCAAAGGAAGAGGAAGAAGAGAAGAAAAAGGAGGAGGAGGCACCCAAGGAGGAAGAGCCGAAGCCGCCAGCUAAGGAGAAGAAGAAGGUGACCCAGCGGGAGAAGAAGGAGCCCGAGGAAGGGGGAUCAGAGUUCUGGAACGAGCUGGAGAUCCAGAGGAUCAAGUUCUUGAAUUAUCUGUCCAGGAAUUUCUACAACCUCCGCUUCCUCGCCCUCUUCUUGGCCUUCGCCAUCAACUUCAUCUUGCUCUUCUACAAGGUGUCAGACACGCCACCGGGCGAGGAGGAGUUUGAGGGCUCCGGGUUUGAAGGCGAGCUGGACGCGGGCUCCGGGGGCGGCUCCGGCUUCGGUGGGGACGACGACGGCGGGGACGGCAACGGGAACGGCAACGGGGACGAGGACGACGAGGACAGCAUGGUCUACUUCUUCCUGGAGGAGAGCACGGGCUACAUGCAGCCGGCCUUGCAGUUCCUGUCCAUCGUCCACACGCUCGUGGCCUUCCUCUGCAUCAUUGGCUACAACUGCCUGAAAGUGCCCCUGGUCAUCUUCAAGCGGGAGAAGGAGCUGGCCCGCAAGCUGGAGUUCGACGGCCUCUACAUCACGGAGCAGCCCGAGGACGACGACAUCAAGGGCCAGUGGGACCGCCUGGUGCUCAACGCGCCGUCGUUCCCGAGCAAUUAUUGGGACAAAUUCAUCAAAAGAAAGGUGCUUGACAAAUAUGGCGAUAUCUAUGGGCGGGAGAGGAUUGCGGAACUGCUCGGGAUGGAUUUGGCCAGUCUGGAAAUCACAGCGCAGAAUGAGAAAAAAACAGAGCCGGACAAGUCUUUCCUUAGUUGGGUCACCUCCAUUGACAUCAAGUACAAGAUCUGGAAAUUUGGAGUGAUCUUUACGGAUAAUUCUUUCCUCUAUCUCUUCUGGUACAUGGUGAUGUCUGCUCUCGGCCACUACAACAACUUCUUCUUCGCCUGCCACCUCCUGGACAUCGCCAUGGGAGUCAAGACGUUGCGGACCAUCCUCUCCUCCGUCACUCACAAUGGCAAACAGCUGAUGAUGACGGUGGGGCUGCUGGCUGUGGUCGUGUACCUCUACACUGUGGUUGCCUUCAACUUUUUCCGCAAGUUCUACAACAAGAGUGAGGAUGAGGACGAGCCCGACAUGAAAUGUGACGACAUGAUGACGUGUUACCUGUUCCACAUGUACGUCGGGGUGCGUGCCGGCGGGGGCAUCGGGGACGAGAUUGAGGACCCGGCAGGCGACGAGUACGAGCUUUACCGCGUCAUCUUCGACAUCACCUUCUUCUUCUUCGUCAUUGUCAUUCUGUUGGCCAUCAUCCAAGGUUUGAUCAUUGAUGCCUUUGGGGAACUCAGAGACCAGCAGGAGCAGGUGAAGGAAGACAUGGAGACCAAAUGUUUCAUCUGUGGAAUCGGCAGCGACUAUUUUGACACGACGCCCCACGGCUUUGACACCCACACGCUGGAGGAGCACAACUUGGCCAAUUACAUGUUCUUCCUCAUGUAUCUCAUCAACAAGGAUGAAACGGAGCACACUGGCCAGGAGUCCUACGUCUGGAAGAUGUACCAAGAGCGCUGCUGGGACUUCUUCCCUGCUGGCGACUGUUUCCGCAAGCAGUAUGAAGACCUGCUGGGCUAGGUGCCUCCCUGCCCUGGGCCAAGGGGGAGGCGCCCGCUCUGAGCCCGCCUUCUUCGCCCGCUCCCUCCUGUCCUAGAGGGGGGAGGCGGGCAGCAGCGAGGCAGAGUGGCACAACC